AUUGGUGCUGUCGCCAGUAUAUUGCAGGUUGCCCAAAUCGGAACACAGCUUUCAAUCGGGUUAUUUCAAGUUGCAGAUGCUAUCGCUUCGGCCAACCAGGAGACGAGUUACAUCGCAAAAGACAUUGCUCUCUUCUGUCAGGUUCUCAAGGAUCUUGCCAAGGCGAUGGAAUUUGGCCGAAAAGCUCAACUAUUCAGACAGGAUGCCUUUGAUACGAGCAUCAAGAUCGUCGACGAGUGCAAGCGUGUGUUUGCUGAGAUUGAGGAUAUCCUGAAAAAAGCGACCAAGUCUGACAAUCCGCUCGCCAGUAGAUUUCGCCUGCCUACUGGUCACAAGAUCAUGUGGAUCUUUAGGAAAGGAAAGGUUGAAUUCUUUCGCCGACUUUUGGAAUCGCUUAAAUCAACCAUACUGGUCGAGCUUGCGGUUUUGAAUUAUGCGAUCAAAGUGACGUCGCAUCUAUCGUAG